GUUUUCCCCAUCAAACUUGAGUCUCCAUCUGGAUUGACUCAUGGCCCCACGGUCUGCGAUCCGGCUUUGCUGCUAGACUCUCGACUCUGCUUUUGAAGAAGCCCGGUCUCUCUCUGCGAUGUUAUUGGUCGAGCUGGAACUCUGCCUAUCAUGGAAGUCAGGAGGCCGUCCGCCCGCUACGGGGACACUCCGACGCGGACCUACCAACGGACCUACAAGGCCUGUCUCUCUUGUCGCCAACGAAAGGCCAAAUGCAAUCUGGGGACCGACCAGGAUGGCUUUCCUAUAGGACCUCCGUGUGCGAAAUGUCGAAGGGAACAGCGAGAGUGCAUAUUCAGUGAGAAGAGAGCGUGGGAAAGAAGCAAUCAGCGUGGUCUUUCGGAGGAUACUCCCCUGCGGUCACCGAACACACGUCGCAGGCUGUCGGACCAUGUCAGACAGGAUCGGGAGGUACCGGACGAUGUUUUGAAAGUCGGCGCAGACAGCCCGUUUGAAGAUGGGAACGAUAAUAGCAGCAAGCACGACCAUGGCGACGAAAGCUUCCGCCAGUCUUAUAAUGCGGAUGCACGAUCAAGUCAGCACCCUGCAACCUCGAAUUUGGCGAACUCCAUGAUGCGCACUGUGGUCUCCAGUGGGAAUGAUGCUCUCAAUAUCCUCUUCGAGGCUGCCGUGGCCCAUAGUCAGGACAAUCUUGCAAAUGAGUACCAGCCGCAGUCACGAACUACACAGGGUCAUGUUGCGCACGACAAAGGCCUGGACAACGAUCCCAUAAGCCAACCGCAAUUCAUGUACCCUACGGAAGCUCUGGCCAAGGCGAAGCAUCCAGUACAGCUUUCGACGGCAUCGGAGGAAGUUCUCAAGGUUUGGGAAUCCUGCCGAUUCGUCAAGAUGGGGUGGUUCACUUCCAGAGAAGCGGUAACUCUUAUUGAUCUGUUUUUUAAGAAUAUGGUCCCUUUAUCUCCAAUCUUGACCAAUUUCUAUGCUGAUCAUAGUACCCACCAUCACCUGAUUACUUGCGAUCCUGCUUUGUGCUGCGCUAUAUUGAUGCUGUCGUCCCGGUAUCAUGUGUUGCCUGGGGCUGGAGGCGAGUCCCGAAACUUUUUCAUCCACCAUCGUCUGUGGCAACACUGUCAACAUCUUGUGAUGCGACUGAUGUUCGGGCAGGAAAGGUCGUCGCAUGCGAAGAAUCGAAGCAUCGGGACAAUUGAAGCACUCCUGUUGAUGUCAGAAUGGCACCCAAGGUCUCUUCAUUUUCCACCUGAGAGUGACGGAUGGGACUCUGACUUAGUGUUGGCCCCUGAACCCCAAAACCAAGAUGAUUCGUCAUCCAAUAGAUGGCUUGAAGACAUGGUUGAGCCUGCUAGAAGAUCCGACCAGAUGUCCUGGAUGCUCCUGGGUUCCGCGCUGUCGCUAGCACACGAGUUGGGGAUCUUUGAACUUGAUGAUAAGAAAUGCGACUAUACGUCGCUGUACGAAGGCUUCAUCUCGAAUGAUCAGAUCAAGCUGCGCAGACUCCGGGUGCAACGCCUUCUCUAUGUCUACAUCAAUCAGCUGGCUUGGCGAAUCGGAUGUGUCUCCCUCAUGCCACAGAGCUUGAACCAUACCAUUCUUGGUCGGCAAACGACUAGGGAUGUGAGCCAUUCGGAAGACGAAUGGCUGGCUCUGAUGGACUCGUGGAUGGAUCUUACCAAGUUAGCCAAGAACGUGACGGAUAUGUUCUUCCCUUCGAUAACAUUCGCGAGGCAACAGCUGCAUAGUGGACGUUAUAUCAACCUGCUAGACCACUUCUGCCCUCUUUUACUGAAAUGGAAGGAACAGCAUCUCAGACAUGACGUGCUCAGCAAACACUUCUAUGAUAUCCUCUUUAUUGAAUACAACUUUGUGCGGGUCUACACACACUCGGUGGGGAUGCAGGCUGUCGUGGAGCGUAUAGUCGCAGACAAUGAUUCGAACGUGGAAGAAGUCCGAGCAAUGCACAUUGACCCUGUCGACUACAACUAUAUCCAGGAAGUGAUCGACGGAUGUUGUCAAAUUUUGCAGAAGGUCAUCCAACUUGGCGACGCCGGCGCUCUGCGGUUCUCUCCCGUUCGGAUCUUCUUGAGAAUCACCAGCUCUUCUAUCUUCUUGAUGAAAGCUUUAAGCUUAGGAACUCGUCCAGCCAAAUUGCGCGAAUCGCUGGAUAUACUUGAGCGUUGUGUACAGGCACUAAAGUCGAAUGCGCUCGACGAUAUUCACCUGAGCACUCGCUACGCCGAACUACUAGAGAUGCACGUGUCGCGCCUGCGUCGCAACCUGCUUGCAUCUUCCAAGUCCGUUAAGAACAGUCAUGGAACCACAAAUCGCAAUUCAAUGGGCCCUCAACAGAGCACCGAAAGCGACAAUCCUACUCCCAUGGUCGAUGUUCCGGUGUCACAGAGUCUGGCAGAUGUGAGCUUCUUUCCUCCGCUCAAUGAUCUAGCCGGGGAUGACUGGCUUUCGCUGCCUUUUGAUCCGUCCAUGGCACCAUUUGGGCUCAAUGGUUGUGGGCAAUUUCCUGCUUAUGGAGGAGGUGCGUUGAACUUCAUCUGGAAUCUGCCGUCGUGAUUUGGUAUGAGCAGUGAAGGGCUGGGCCCACUAGCUAUACAUUACAUAUGUCCCCGAUAAGUAGCUUGUUAAUGAUUAAACUUUAUCAUGCAUGAUCUUGCCUAGAAUGUUGACUUUCAACUUCCGACUUCAUUGAUUUCGAGUAUGCCGCAACAUAACCAUUUUUCGCCGGAAAGUAUAAUCGAAGCAACACAAAGUAAGGAGAAACAUCAUUGGAGUAUAUGAAAUCAGACACAAAUGGAAGCGUGCGUUCACA